ACAAUUUCUUUUGUCCCUAACUGCCUAAUGCGUAACCUGUCCGCGCAUCUGCCCCUCUAUUUACCCCUGACAUCUUAGCUUACUUACCCGUCACUGUCAAAAAUGAGGCCUCACGAACCGCUCUUUAUAAAUCCUCCUCAAGCUUACUCCUGACAUCUCUUUCCCUCCAUUUACCCCAUUUCCUCAAUCGCCUUCGCAUUUACAAACAUCGAAAGAAAGAUAUAAGAUAUGUCAGGCCACGAAUACUACGGCUCUCACGGCGGUGGCGGCGGAGGUUAUCCCCCAGCGCAAAACCCGUACCAAAACCAAUACCCCCCAUCGAACCAAUAUCCGCCCUCAAACCAGUAUCCUCCUCAAGGCCAAUACUCCCCUCCGAACCAGUACCCGCCCCAGGGCCAAUACCCACCCGAACAUAACCAGUACGGCGGCCACAACCAAUACGGCGCACCCCCGCCAUCACACUCUCCAAAUGCAUACGCCUCGCCACCGCCAGGCCAAUACUCACCCUACCCGCCGAACCAAGGCUACGGCGCGCCGCCACCCCAACACGGAAGCCAUUCGCCGUACCCCGGCGGCGGCGCCCCUCCUCCAUACGACCACCGCCCUCCUUCAGGCCACAGCCAAGCGUACCCGCCUCCUCAGGGUUAUCCAAGUCAGUACUCGCCCCCAGCGGGCCAGUACCCGCCUCACCAACCCCCGCCGCAGCAGCACCAGCAGUACCAGCAGUACGCAGACCCGCACAACCCCGAUAACAAGGGACUGGGUUCGAUGCUAGGCGGCGUUAUAGGAGGGGGUAAACACGGACACGGCGGUAGCCACGGUAGCGCACCGCUCGCGGCUUUGGGUGCGGCGGCUGCGGCGCAUUAUCUCGGCGGCAAGACGUCUGGACACGGUGGACACGGCGGGUACGGAGGAGGAGGUGGACAUGCGCAGGGUGGGUACGGCGGUGGGUACGGCGGGCACGGAGGAGGAGGGUCGUCGGGGUUCGCUCCCGCGGCGGGGCUGGUGGGUCUGGCGGGCGCGUAUGGGGGGCAUAAGAUGGGGAAGAAGCAUAAGAAGGAGAAGAAGCAUAAGGGGCAUAAGAGGAGGGGGAGCUCGAGUAGUGAUAGUAGUAAGAGUAGUAAGAGUAGCUAGGCGGUUCGGCCAGCUGCCUAUGCGGCAGAUUGGGUAGAAUGUUGAGGGGCUAGCUUCGAGUUUUUUGGGGGGUUAUAUCGAAGCUGUUACUAAAGCCCUUCUCGUGAUCUUGGUAUCCUAGCGUGUUUAUGGGUUUGAUACCCAUAUUGCGUUUAGUUAUGAACUAUGUGUCUGCAACGUUCUUUCGGUUGCAUCAUGUAU